UUUCAGGAUCCAUCUUCCGAACACCUGCAUGUUCUCUUAAAGAACGUAUUUCAAUUCAAUACAAAACUUGCAUUUAAUGCUCCUUUGCUGCUUCUAUCAUUACAAAUACUUGGAAAAAGAAAAGAAACUUAACAUUGCAGUAGCAUCCCCAAACUGCAUAUCCUUUUUUUCUUUUUUUUUAAAUCUUCUCUGUUUCUCAUCAGAACUAAUUAAGCUCUAAUUUCAUAAUCAUGUCUUACCUUGCGAUAUUUUUUCUCCUUUAUCUUUCUUUGCAUGCAUGCAAUGCUCACCGUCUAGGUUUUUCUGCUAAAGAGAAUGGCAAUCAUGUCGAUUUUCUUGCCAGCAAGGAUGCCAAUAAGUUGAAAGGCCAUAAGUUAGAGAUGGGGCCUUCAAUCUCAAAGAAGCUACAAACACCAGAAUUACAAGAAGUUAGGUCACAUGGAAGGAGAAUAAUUGGUGCAAAAACUAUGAAGCAAACAAUUUCGGACUCUUUUCUGGCGAAAGAAGCUGUUCAAAAUGCAAUUUCAGGAUAUGGAAUUAUGAGUUCCUCUCGGGUUGAUUUGCAAAGCAAGGAAACAGUCGAGGUAAAAAAAAAAAAAGAAGAGACCAUAUCUUUAGAACCUAGAUUCACAUGUCAGGACAGAACACAGAAAUCAGAUGGUAUUCACGUGCAUGCAUGGGGAUGGAAGAGAGUAAGAGCAAGGUCGAUGUUGGUAAAUUCAGAUGCUGGGGCUGACGAAGCUCUCGAUUCCAAGGAAAAGGAUAACGUGGGGGACAUUGAUGUAAUGGAUUAUGCACAACCGCAUCGGAAACCACCUAUUCAUAAUGAAAAAUUAAAAAAUUAGGCUGUCUUUCUAAUUUUAAUCGUAUCCAAAAAUGCUAUUCUUAUCUUCUAGUUUUAUAUAAAAUCACGAUAUAAUAUAAAUAUGGUUCGUCCCCAAAGACCACAAAAGACCAGUUCCAAGGGGCUUUUAUUAUUAUUAUUAUUAUUAUUAUUAUUAUUGAAUGCUACUUCAUGGUCUGUAAUUAAUAAGAUAAAUGUUAAAAAUUCA